CAGAAGACUCCUGGACGGAGCAGCAGCAGCAGACCAACUCCAACCAACAGCAGCUUUUCUCUACAACUUCAGCUGAGGUGUGUCCACUCUACAUUUCGAGCCCUUUGCACAUACAAAGGUCGAUUGUUCCUGCAAGAAAUCACCCAACCUGAACAAUCACUGCCAUGUCUGAUCAAGAUACCACCCCCACUCCUUCUCCUGCUCCUCCCAUUCCCACCGGGACUCCUCCAAAAGUGACAAACCGUGGCCGCGCUGCAGGUCCUGCCGACAGUGCCAACUCUGAGACAAGCGACUUCCCUGAGUAUGAGUACUUUGUUCAACCAGGCCCCAGAGGAUUUCCACCUCUGACAGAAUAUCUGGACAUCCUGGAUGUGGACAUGAUGAAGAGGCGAGAUGAGAGCAACAAGAUGGACCAUCACACCAUGCUGUACAACUCUGAUUAUCUUAUUGUGCGCAGAGGGCAAGAGUUCCAGGUCAACAUCAACUUCAAUCGUCCCUACAAACCUGCUGAAGAUAAGUUCGCUUUGGAGUUUGUCAUUGGCUCCAGCCCUCAUUUCAGCAAGGGCACCUACAUCCCUGUUUUCCCCACAAAGGAGCGUCAGAGCUCCUGGGAAGGCCGCAUCAUAAACACCUUUGGCAAUGUGGUCACCAUGGGUAUCACCCCAGCAGCAAACUGCAUUGUGGGGAAGUACCACAUGUAUGUUGGUGUGGUGACACCUUAUGGCAUCCGCAGGACCAGGAGGGAAAGCAGCAGGGACCUGUACAUCCUCUUCAAUCCCUGGGUGGCAGAGGAUGCUGUGUUUCUGGGUGAUGAGAGUGAGAGGGAGGAGUGUGUGAUGACCGAGAUGGGGAUUAUCUAUCACGGCUCCUAUGACGACAUCGCUGAGAGAGAUUGGAACUAUGGACAGUUUAACUUUGGAAUCCUGGAUGCCUGUCUGUAUAUCAUGGACAGGGCUGAGAUGCCCAUCACUAACAGAGGAGACCCCAUCAAGAUUGUCAGAGUGGCCUCUGCCAUGCUGAACUCCCGUGAUGAUGAUGGCGGCGUGUUGGUGGGGAACUGGAGUGGUGACUACACCUACGGAGUGGCACCCACUUCCUGGACUGGCAGCACGGACAUCCUGCUCACCUACUCCAGCAGCAAAAUGCCCGUCUGCUACGCUCAGUGCUGGGUUUACGCUGCGGUCUUCAACACCUUCCUGCGCUGCUUGGGCAUCCCGUCCCGGGUCGUCACCAACUACUUCUCAGCUCAUGACAACGAUGGAAACCUGAAGACCGAUAUAAUCCUGGAUGAAAAUGGCAGGAUCGAUCGAAACAGAACCAGGGACUCUAUCUGGAACUAUCACUGCUGGAACGAGUGCUACAUGUCCAGACCAGACCUCCCUGCUGGCUUUGGAGGCUGGCAAGUUGUGGAUGCAACACCACAGGAGACCAGUGAUGGCAUGUACAGAUGUGGACCUGCAUCAGUCCAGGCCAUCAAGCAUGGACAGAUCUGCUUCCCAUUUGAUGCUGCCUUUGUGUUUGCCGAGAUUAACAGUGAUGUGGUUUUUUAUUCCCGGAGUAAAGACGGAACAAUGGCGCCAGUUAAGGUGAACCGGACUCAUGUAGGCCGCCUGAUUUUGACCAAAUCUCCAGGAAAUGUGACCCGCCGUGACAUCACAGAUCAAUACAAAUUCUCUGAAGGCACCACCGAGGAGCGGACCGUCCUGGAAAAAGCAGAGGAGUAUGGCUGCAAACGGGAAAAGUCCAGCCCUCCUGUGGCUGACGUGGAUGUGGUCCUGCCCAACCUGGAGAUUGGUGUGGGCACCAACUUUGAGAUGAACAUUGAGUUCAUAAACAACAGUGACCAGCAGCGCACCGUGGAUGCCUACAUCAGCGGGAGUGUGGUGUAUUACACUGGAGUCACCGGCACCGAGUUCCUGUUCCUGACCCCCAGAGUGACAAUUGACCCCAAAGCAAAUGUGAGAGAGCUGGUGGUGGUGGAGUCAAAGAGCUACAUGAAGCGUCUGGUGGAACAGGCUAACCUCCACUUUAUUGUUACGGGGAAGAUCAGAGAGACCGGUCAAAUCAUCACUGCGAUGAAAGUCGUCACCCUGCAGAACCCCAAGCUAAUCGUCAGGGUGUCUAGUGGAGGCAAAGUGAAUGAAGAGAUGAUAGUGUCUGUGGAGUUUACGAACCCCUUCAGUUUCAGCCUUGAAGGUGUCUACAUUCGCAUGGAAGGACCGGGGAUGAUGGCGCCAAAGUCCCGGUAUUACAGUCUGAUAACAGGAGGCUCUUCUCUGACCUGGACCGAGUAUUUCACCCCAGAGAGGGCUGGCACAAGCAGGGUGAUUGCUACUCUGGACUGUCCUGCACUCCGGCAGGUCUACGGCCAGGCAUCUGUCACCAUCAAGCCCUGAGAAUUGCCACAUGAUCACAGAUGCCCAGCAUUAUUUAGCCUCAGUUACUCUUCGACCAAAUAUGGGCCUAUAUCAUAGUUAUGCAACUCCAGUUUUUGAACUAUAUAGCUUCAGUAUUGCAGAUAUUUUUUAAAGGCUGCAGAGACAAUAGCUAUUUCAAUAGCUAGUUAGCUAGAUAUCUACGAUUUUAAAAAUAGAUUCAGUAAUCUAAUGAAACACAAGGAGGAUUGACCUUUUUGUGAUAUACAGAUAUGUGUAUAAGAAGUUAUCUUUCUGACCAGAAGUACAUUUAAAUAGUUCAAUUUUAAAGCUAAGCUUAUCAGUUUUUGGCCAGUAGGGGGCAGACCUACCCUACCUUACACUAGCCUUGUAAAGCUGAUUUAGUUGUUGACAAAAACUGCCCACUUCACAGGCAACAAGAAAGUUCAUCAUUCCACUGGAGGUAUUUUCACAUAACUGAUGUGUUUAACUCUCAUUUUUAUACAUUUCACGUUUUUGGCUCAUCUGCCACAUGGUUUAAUAUAUUCAGCAGAAAUACUUCCUGUCAUUUGGCAGAGGACAGGGAGCAUACAGAGCCAGGUUUCCUAAAAGUGAUUUGUAGUAGCUGCUUGAGUUUGUGUAAUAAAUCUCUGUGGAUAUGAAUGACCCAACUGUUCAAAUAUUUUUAAUAUUCAGCGCUGAUUAAAACAGGUUUAACUAUGUCAAUGUCACCACAAUUAAAUUUCAAUUUCACAGUUUCUGUUUGAAUAUAGUUUAUCAACCUCCUCUAAUUUUUCUUUGUACAAGAAUGGGCCAGUCAAUCAUACAGUAAAUGAAUCUUUAUUAAGGCCAUUUGGUAUGUUCUCAAACAAAUCAUGUGCAAUUCAAAGUGCUUUACACUUGGCAAAGUUAAGCUGCAAGAUACAAAUAGUCAAAUAAAAGAUUUAAAAACUGCA